UGACAACCAAACGGAAAAACGGGCUUACAUUUAGAUCACGUACGAAUAUCUUGGCUCACGUUUUUUUUAUGGAAACGUUGCAGGAUUUAGAUUUUAGUCUUUGGGUUUGCCCUUGUAUAUCUGCUUCAUGUUGUUGACGAUUUGGGACACGAUUUGGUCGUUAUGAAGGGAAAAACAAGGUGUCAGCGAAAACAAGGAAUCUUGACAGCCUUAUAGUUGCCUAUUCAGAAAACUUAGGCCUUUGGUAAAGAAGAACAAUGUAUAGCCUUUUUCCAGAUGAGGUGAGAGGGUUGAUAUUCGACUGCGAUGGGACAAUUCUCGACACAAUGCCUCUUCACUGGAAAGCGUGGUGCCAAAUUUGUGCAGAGACUGGACUGUUGUUUAAAAAGAAAGACUUCUAUCGCUUGGCCGGAGUACCAGGCAAAUAUAUCAUACGAGAUCUAGCGAUUCAACAAGCGAUAGUCUUGGACCCCUUAGAGGUUUAUCACAGAAAGAAGAAAUUAUUCCUUAAAGGGCUUUCGACUGUGAAUAGUAUCCCGUGCGUUGUAAAGUAUGUCUACGAGGCAAGGCAGAGAGGUAUUCCAGUUGCGGUUGCUACGGGAAGUUCACGAAUUCAAGUUGAGAAAGCAUUGACAGCAGUGGGGAUAAUUGAUUUGUUCGAUGUAAUCAUUGGCAAUGAAGACUAUAUACACCCUAAACCAAGCCCAGAUGCUUUCCUGAUGGCUGCUGAAAGGAUUGGUGUAGACCCCGAGGACUGCUGGGGCUUUGAGGAUACGGAUAUUGGUCUGGAGGCUAUCAAGGCGGCAGGACUUGGUCUCGCUGUUGAUGUGCGGUUAAUGGAUGACUAUCCCAAAGCUUCUGGUGCUUAAGGACAAGAUUGUCAGAUAUAGAAAACACGAGAAAAGAAACAUCAUGUGCACCUAAUACAUACUCACAAUUUCCUUUAUGCUCAAACACAUCAUACUGUACCUUCUAAGCUUUUCAAGACGUAGUAGGUCCUAAAAAAUACUCAUGCAAGAGGAAGCCAAGUUGGGAAGAAAUCUGCCAUGCAGAGAUAAAAAUAUUUAUUUUUAAUCUGAUGUUUUACCAUGUUAAUAAGUAAUGGAACCCCAGGGCAUCAAGGCUGAGUGGAACCUGAAACUAAAGUCUGGCUUUAGCAAGCAAGUACUAGCAAAAUACCGGCGAAUUGGGAAAAAAACUGUUUUUCUCUCUCGAAAAUGUGAACACAAAAAAAUAUUGUGCGAGAAACCAAAAGUUAUUUAUUUUUAAUCGAAUGAUAUACCAUCCUAAUCUAAAUGCUGUCUUUAUUUAUAUCAAAGCAAAAAAAUGCAGUUCAAAUUUUUACAGGGAUUGGUUGUGAUACACUUUUUAUGGGACUGAAUAAAAGACAAAAAAUAUUAGUGACCCUUUUUCAGGCAACUUCAAAACCCUGGAACCACAGUGGCAUCAUUAAACGUGGGUAUUUGUCUCUAGCCCUUAUUUUCAAGCACAUGAGCUUUCUCACACAUUUAUGAUAUUUAUUUAUAUGUAUUAUUGCAACAUCUUUCUCUUAUAUUGGCCGUGUUUUAUUUCAAUCAAUAGCAAUUUUUACAUUCAUCAUGGUGCAGAAAUGUCCACGUUUUAGAAUGCAUACCCUGUGUAAGAUGGCUUAUUGUUGAGAAAUUUAAAAAAAACCUUGUCUGUACUGUGUUUUUACAGACACGCUCUUUUGAAGCUCACGACCAAUCAGGGCGCGUGCUUCACUGGUGUUAUUUUAUAUCAGCCUUUAUUAUAUAGUGUCAGCAUUUUAUGGUCCCAUUUGUGGUUUCUUUGAAAAAGCUUGUAUUGCAAUCCAUAAAAGUAAAAGCGAUUUGUGA